AAGUUUGCUGCCUACUUUCGAGCGCUGCGACUUCUAUAUAAGUAGCCACUUCCAUAUAAAUGGCAUAGCCUCAACCUGUUCGCGCAUCAUUCGCUCCAACGAACCUCGAAACCCGACGCGUUGCAGUUGAUCGCCUCAAAGUGCUCCUUUGUGUACAAGUGAUUUUUUUGCCCGCGGAAUAGACCAAAUGAAUCUCAUUCCUGCCGUAGAGAAUCCCUAUUGAGUUAAAACAUUCUCAAAAAUAAAUAUUGCCAAUCGAAACGAAAAAUAAAGCUUUUUAAAUCGAGCCAUAGUACGCAUAGUCCAUGUGCUCCAAGGCUUUGCUGCUCCUGGCCGCCAUGCUGGCUGUGCGCUGCUUUGGCAGCGGGUCUUCCAGGCGUACGCUUGCAUUGGCCUGUGAGGAGGUGGAUGCCACGGACGGGGACGCAUUAGAAGCUGCAGUCGCGCUCGAAAACAAUAGAUAUAGCAGUAAUAACAACAACUACAACUACGCGUUUGGCGACGUUGGUGGCAUUGCGGAUAGCAACGACAACGGGCUGAACAAUGACAACUAUAACUACAACAAAGCAGUGGCCAAAUGGCAGCAGCACCAGGGGCUCCUACAGCAACAGAAGCUCUACGGAAAUCCCAUUUACAGCAUAUACGACUUCAGUCGAAGCCAGCCGCAGCAACGGCAACAACUACGGCGUGAGUUUGAUGAUGAUCCAGUGAAUGCUGGCAAUGACUUCCGUCUGCAAUUGUCCGACUUAAAUGCGGCCGUUCAAGGUGUGGGCAGGUUUGUUGUCGAGCACCACAACAGCCCGGACCAGGACAACGACAAAGACAACGACAACAGCAGCAGCAGCAGCAGCGAAAACAAUGCUGACAGCAACAGCCAGCCGCAACAACGGGAAUUGUUGCUGGAGCGCCGGAGUCGCAUCAGUCGAAGGGAACCAGAGGAGGGUCAGCCGGAGCUUUAUGAUAACGAAUAUGCAGCAGCUGCUGGUGCUACCUCUGAUGCUGCUCCUGAUUCCAAUGUCGACAUUGAGGGCGAGGAAGACUAUGCCGUGGCGGCCGAGGAUGCGGAUGAGCUGAGUGAACAGCUGCCCUACGGCAUUCAGAAUGUGCGCAAGCGUCGCGUUCGCAGCGUUAUGCCUCCCGCUCAACAGCUGCUGGCUCCUAGCCCUAACAGUGAUGAGGUAACCUAUCAGUCGCUGUGCCCCACCAAUCGAGUCACCGUCAAGCUGGACAGCGGGGACUACCGCCCUAAUCAUUAUGUAGAGGUCACCUGUGCCCAUAACUACGCCCCGCAGCCGCCGCGGGUUCACAACUAUGACUACGUCUACAGGGGCAACGAUCUGCUGCGGGCCCUGCUCGCGGAGCGGGGAGAGAAGCGCGAGAUCUGCUCGGCGAUAGGCUUCGCCUGCAUCCAGCUCAACCGCACCAUCCACCUGAUCCGGCUGAACGAUGCCUCCGGCUGCUGGGAAUCCGAAACUCGAACGGUGCCAUCCGGCUGUGAGUGUAUGUGGCCCAAGCACAGCUACGGAGAUAUCGGCUUCUACCACCAGACACAGAAGCGGCACGGGGGCGUACGAGGACGUAUCGCCCCCACCAUUGACUACAGGCCAGGAGUGGGCUAUCGCCAGCUGACAGUGCGAGCCCGGAGUCCCAAAGCCGGGCAGCGCAGUCGACGCGAUGACUUGGGCUACGAGAGCUACGAGAUGAAUUAGUGGCACAGCGAGAGGCAGUACCUGUGCAGGCAGCAGGGAGCAGUGAGUGGAGGAUAUGCCAAGCACACUCAGAGUGUGCCCAACUGGAUUUGUGGCGGCAGAUUAGUAACUAAGUUGGAUCCGCAUAAAUUAUUUUCGCUUUAGUUUAGCCGUAACGGGAAGGUCCCUUAGUUAGUUCAGAUAAUUGUAAUGAAAUAUUAAUAAACAACUACAAUGGAGCAACAA